AUGCAUGCGGAAUGUGAGAAUAAUAGCGUUUUUGCACUACAGUCGUGCCAGCCAGCAGCUGAACAAGAAUUGGCCGUAUUGGCGGAUGUUUUGUCACAAGUGGAGUGCAAGAGGGAUCAUCUGUACGAGUCAGAUCUCCAUUAUCUUUGUAUGCUGUAUCGCGAGAAUGCCUUCGGUCAACUGCAACAUCUUUCCAAGUAUUUUUCAUUCAGCAACGUUUUGCGUGGAUUCGAAACACUUACACAGCGUCUGUACAAUGUCACUUUUUCAGUAUCAGCACCAGAACUGAGCGAAAUAUGGCCUGGAAACGUCAUUAAAAUUGAUGUUUUUCAAGACGAGAAGCAGUUUUUGGGCACGAUUUAUGUGGAUUUGGAAGAGCGCAAAACGAAGUCUUCAGGCGAUUGUCAUUUUACAGUUCGUUGUUCCAAGCAGGUCUUUUCUUCUCUUAUUUCAAUUCAUGUGCAGAUGCAUCUGUUAUGA